UAGGGCUUUAUCCACAGCCAGUCCGGUAGGUGGCGGUAACACACUGACAAUGUUUACUGAACCUGUCAUCGGUCUUGUUCCGAAGAAGACGAAGAAAAAGAAGAAAAGUCCAGCAGAGGGCGGGCUCCUGUACAGUACCGUGUAGCGCAACAGUUUUAGUAGAAGUGAAUAAAAACAAAGAUUCUGAUUGGCUGAUCAACUUCAGCGCGCUUUCCUUCAGAAUGUUGAGUUUGUAGCGCAGUAAUGCAAAAGCUUGUAAAAUAAAUCAUGUCUUUGUGAAUAAGUUAUCCCGAGCAGAGGCUAUGGAUGGGCCGAGGUGUCUUGUUGAGGUGUGGGCGGAUUUUGGUGACUUGCUUUCAGCCAAUGUGAUGAGUCACGGUGCAGAUGUGAUCCUAAGCACCGGGUCUAACGACGUCUUUAUUUUUAGUGGCCAAGAGAGAAAAGUUAAGACUGUGCUGCAGUUUGAUUCUCCAGUCACAUCCCUGGCCCUAAGUGCUGAUCAGUGUAGUCUCUAUGUGCUCUGUGACAAUCACCACCUUUACUGCACGCCUCUCUCUCUGGGAUCCAGCUCCUUAUCUAAAGAACAGGAUGAUGACCCUGCUUUGUCCGUGGUGUCCAGGGACUCUGUUUUGGUGAACCAUGGCGAUGUGCUUUCUUUCAAUGUAGCAGAAGGCAUACUCGUUACUGCCAUUCUGCAAGAAUCUUUCUGGACUUUUCACCUCUAUGAAUUGCAACCAAGUUCAAACAAAUUUAAGAAACAUGCAGUGUUAAAGUUCCCAGCUGUCAAAGGGCUUUCUCACAAUGAUGUGGAUGUGCAGGAUAGGAUGAGCUCAGCUCCAACAUUAACCUUCAUCUACCCUAACUCUUCACCUAAAGCACACGCAUGUAAACGCCACCCAUGUCUCGAUCCUCUCCUGUUCAGGAUCUUAUUUGGAGUUGAUGCAUCUCUUAUAAAUUCUCCCAUUAUUCUUUGCGGUUUACCCGAUGGACGCCUUGUGUUUUUCCCACUACUCCUACCUGCACUAGCUAGCUCGAGGGGAGAGUCGCCUAUCAGGGUUUUCUACAGCUUGGAGCAGCCAAUUGCAUUUAUUGGAACGUCUGUUACUGGGGAUCAGGGAGCACAGUGCCUGGUUGUGAUUGGUCAAAGGGGUAAAAUCCUGCUGGUCACAGCCAAUCAAAGAAGCUCUGAUGGAACAGCAGCAGACUCCAGAUUCAUCGAGCACUUUGUUCCGGGGCCUGUGGUAUGUGCCUGUGUAGAAGGUGAACGUUUAUACUACAGCACUGGCACAAACCUCUUCUGCCUGUCACUGGACAAGACUGUAGCACUUUCGUCAUCAUCGACAUCCAUCACGGCAGGGUCAGACGGAGACAGCAGGAAGCCAGAGAAUGCUGUCUGUCUGAAUGUGUGCAGAGUAAUUGCAUUAACUGAGCCUUCUGUCAGUCCUGCAGGCAGCGUGCAGCUCCUGGCUGUGUCUCUCAGUGGAAGACUUCUUCAUGUGACCCUCCCUCAGGAUGUAGACAAAGCCAACAUGUCUAGACUGGCUUCAUCACAAGCAGGGCAGAAGAUCAAAGACCUCCUGGCUAGAAUUGGAAAUGUUUGGGAGAGAGCAACCAUAGAGAAACAACAGCAGGAAUUAAAGAAUCACACGCUCAUGCGUUUAAAUCACGUUCUCCACGUCUGCCAUUUGCUUUCACGCCAUGAGAAGUAUGACCGGCAGGCGUACGAUCACCAGUGCGAUCACCAGCCACCAAUCAGCUGUCAGGCAGCAGCCAAAUGGAGUACGCUACUUCAGAAAGACUCUCUGGUUCUUACUUGCGUAUUGGAAAACCAAAGUUCUUGUGUCUUAGACCAAGGAUGGACUCUUUGCCUUCAAGUGCAGUCAAGUCUUCCUCUCAGUGCAGGGGGGUCGUCUAGAACUUUCUCAUUCGCUUUGACGAAACUGGACUGCGGUCAAAAAGCCGAAGUGACGAUACCUCUGGAGAGUGACAGCGACUUAUUUCUCCCAGUCCAGAUCCACUGCUCGCUUGUGUAUACUUUACAGACUUUACUUAACCCUGAGGAAUACAGGCAGCUCUCAACGAGUGACACCUCACUAUCUCAGCUUCUCACGCACACAGGCUGCAUCUGUCUGGCUCUGAAUACGUUAACCCUAGAUUGGCUAGACGCCUUAAGGAUAGAAGAGCCAAACUCAAAUGGGCAUCAUAUUCCCAAACAAAUCAGUAUUUGGGAUGCCACACGGGUGCUCCUGAGCUCCAAACGAAUUCCCACAGAUGAGCCGGCGAUGCCGAAGGCUGCUCCUUAUACUGUAGCAAUCCACAUUUCCUCAGAACUCCUGAGGAACUGGCACAGCUUACAUGAGUGUAGUAGUGCACUUCUGUGCAUUUCCGUGCUCAGAUGGCUGCUGUGUGGAAAGACGGCUAAGACAGAGGGACAAGAGGUAGUCCAGACUCCAGUGGUGUGUGCCAAAGGGCCGGACAGACAGGCGGUCAGACUGCUGACUAAGGAGGUCAUACUGAGUGACUUUCACACUGAAGGACCCCUACCUGUUGUGGAGGUACAGAUAGAGAGUGUUUCCAUGUCCGCAGUGUGUGGAUUACAUCAUGCCGUCCUGCGACGUGUUCAGGCCUUUCUGAGAGACCCUGCUGUAAAACCUGAUAAGCCUGCAGAGCUCAGAGGUCAGAGCUUAUGUGAGGCUGUUCAGCACAUGGAGCAUCUUUAUAAGGAGCUGCAGGACCUUCGUGACCCGGCUGAUGGAGUCAUGAAGACAAAGAGGAUAUCAGAGUCGCUGCUUCAGCUCUACUUGCAACUCAGAGAGAAGCCAUUGGUCAUUCUGUAAAUGCACACAUU